AUGGGUAAAAUCAACCAACCAAUGACCCAAAUCAAACUCACCAACGUCUCGUUGGUGAGGAUGAAGAAGGGUAAAAAGAGAUUUGAGAUUGCUUGCUACCAAAAUAAAGUACAAGAUUGGAGACUGAAAGUUGAAAAAGAUCUUGAUGAAGUACUUCAAAUUCCACAAGUCUUUGCCAAUGUGUCCAAGGGACAAGUUGCCAGUAAUGAAGAUAUGAUUUCAUGUUUUGGAAGUACUGAUGUAGACACUAUUAUCCUUGAAAUCUUGGAUAAGGGAGAAAUCCAACUAAAUGAAAAGGAAAGAAAUGCCAAUUUACAACAAAAGCAAAAUGAAUUUUUGACUAUUAUCUCCACCAAAUGUAUCAAUCCAAAGUCGAAAAAGAGAUAUCCUCCAUCUAUGAUUCAAAAGGCUCUUGAUCAAUGUAAAUUCCACUUGAGUCCUACAAGACCAACUAAACAACAAGCUCUUGAUGCCAUAAAACUUCUUGUGGCCCAGCAAAUCAUUCCAAUUGCCCGUGCUCAAAUGAAGGUGAAGAUCACACUUUUGAAUAAGAUCAAGAAACAAACUUUUGACAUUGAUAUCAAACCAUUGAUAGAUAGUAUUGAAGAAGAAACCCAAAAUGCUAAAAUGUUUGAAUGUAUCGGUAUUAUAGACCCUGUUAACUACAGAGAAAUUGUUGAGAUCUUGGAAAAGAAGAAAAAUGAAGGGUCGAUUGAAGUGUUAGAUAUGGCUGCCAAAAAGGAAGAUUGA